AUGUGUCCCCCGGUCAUGGAGCGGCAUGGCAGAGAGGGCAUGUCGCACCUCCAUGCACUCUGGGUCUUCAGGCUGCUCCACGGACAACCGUUACAAGUGUGCUUUGCCUGCUUCAAGAUGGCCUUUCUGGACUUAAAGGACCUGCUGGAGUCUGAAGAAUGGGAGGAGGAUGACUGGGACCUGGAUCCCUUGGACUCCCCUGAGGAGGAGGAGGAAGAGGAGGAGGAGUUUGAGCAAGUGCACCCCGGAGCUGUGGCACUGGCUGCCAUGGGGUUGCAGGAGGUGGGCCUAGGCUAUCCCUACGUGCCCACUGAGCUGAGGCCUGAGGAUGUGGUGCCCCUGGAUGUGGGCCCCAAGGAUGGAGACUGGAUCCAGGGCCUUCCCUGGAGAUGCCUGGAAUUGCCUUCCUGCUCACACUGGCCCCAGAACCCACCCCCGUGGCAGUGGUCUCUCGGCUUGGACCAGCCCCCUCGGGAGCCCAUGGUGCUGGAGCUGGGCACCGUGUGGCCCGUGGAGCCCAUGGAGGCCGAGGUCUGGUUGCUGGGCCUACAGUUUGUCUCCAUGGAGAGCAGCGGCGAUACCUUCUACCUCAGGAAGAUGGUCCCAGGCUCUGUCCUGCAGCCCGUAAGCCAUCGCUGGAAGCUGCUGCUGGACCCCGAUGAGGCGUGCCAGCUGGGAUUCCAGGACCUGCCCCAGUAUCUGGAUCUGCCCAGAUGGAAGCUGAGCAUUCUGGACACCACAGUGCUGGACACGCAGCUGGUGCCCGCAGACACUAUGCUGUUGAAGAAGGGGUUCCGUAUCAUCUCCUGUUCACCCCGGAGCAAAGGUGAGGCAGAGUGGGGGGUUUCCGCCGCCGAGCUGGACGAGGGCUACAGCCAGCCUGAGAGCUGGAGCUGGGGGCCUGAGUGGCCUUUGUGGCCUUCGUGGCCUGAGUCAGUGCUGGGUGGGGUGGGAUCCAUGACUUUUGAGGAGCUGCCCUUCUUCCAGCCCCUGCUCCCUUGGCCCCACCACAGUGAGCCUGAAGCCCAGGCAGCCGCCAUUGACAUGGUUGUCCCUGGACACCAGGAACCAGAGAGGACCAGCAGCAGCCCUUCCUUAUUUGCAGUGGAGCACAUGGCAGAGGAUGAUGACCUUGACAGGUGGUGGCAGAAUGGGAGGCAGCCUUAG